AUGGCGCCAAUCGACCACGCAGCCGCCAAGGCUGAGAAGAAGUCCAAGAAGGAAAAGAAGCGCGCGCGAGAGGAAGACGCACCCGUCGACACUGAACGAAAACACAAAAAGUCGAAGAGCGUCGCCCCGGCAGAUCUUCCUGCGCCGGAGGUUGUCAAUGGUGAUCUGAAGGCGGAGAAGAAGAAGAAGAAGAGCAAGAAGGAUAAGCACGCCGAGGAGGCUGUUGCGCCAGCUGAGAGCGAGUCUGCUGCCGUGGAAGAGCCCAAGUCGGAAAAGAAGCACAAGAAGAAGAAGAAGCAUCAUGACGAUGAUGUCGCGGCCCCUGUCGAGGAGGCAGACGCCUCUGUCGUAGCUGACGGAGAGAAGAAGAAGAAGCAUAAGAAGAAGCACAAGAAGGACCACCAGCCCGAACCCGAACCCGAGGCUGAGCCCGAAGAGGAUGCCUCGCCCGAUCCUGAUGCCAUGGACGUCGACUUCGCGAUCCCCGCCAGGCCCAAAUCCAAGUCCAACAUCCACCAGCCGCCCGACAUCCCCGCGAACCCUCAAUUCCCCUUCUUCACACAGACCGUGUCUCUCUACGAGCCUCUCUACCCCAUUGGCUGGGCGCAGCCCGUGACGAACUGCCAGUACCAGCACCUACGGCACCUCCAGAACAAGUACGUGCCCUCGCUGCGCGGUGUGCUCCUGGACUACAAGAAUGUCGCCUUUGGUGAGAAGCCUGGCAGGAAUGGUGCGGCCAUGGAUGACGAGACUCCGACAACCGUCAUGUCCAAGGACGAGGCUGCUGUUGGUUUCGGCUGGAUCACGGCCGAUGUCGAUCUCUUUGUGCCUAGCCGCGGUGCCUGGAUGGAGGGUAGCGUCAACCUUCAGACCGAGGGACACAUUGGCGUCGUCUGCUUUGGCAAGUUCAACGCGUCGAUUGAGGCGCGUCGUCUUCCGCCCGACUGGAAGUGGGUUCCUAACGAGUCCCCCGAGGCUCAGGGUUUCGAGGAGACGGCCUCGGUUAUCACCGCCGACGACCACGGUGUUGUUCGCCAGAUCCACAGCACCGGCUUCUGGGCCGACGGCAGCGGCGAGAAGAUCAAGGGCAAGAUCCGCUUCCGGAUACGCAACUUUGACGUCGGCACCAGCGGCGAGACCAGCUACCUCAGUCUGGAGGGCACCAUGCUGGACAAGCAGGGUGAGAAGGCCGUCGUGGCCGAGGAGGCCGAGACUGCCAAGAUGCGCAAGGGCAAGAAGGGCGGUCAGAGGCGACAGAGGAGACGCGCGCCCGAGUUCAGCAUGACGCGCUUCGCUGUGGACGAGGAGGAGCAGACACAGGACAACGAGGAGGAGAAGAGAGAGGUGCUGGCGGUGAGCGAGGAUUAA